UUCGGAAGUAAGAAGUGUUUUAUGGGAAUAAUGGGUCUCGUAGCUGUGCUGUUGCUGAUGGUAGCCGUAUCUGGACAACUGGCAACCGCCAAAGUCCGGUACGAUAACUAUAAGGUCUACAAACUCACUCCCAAGGACGAAUCUGCCCUUAAGGCGCUGCGGGAACUGGAACAACAGAGUUCGGAUUUGACCGCAUUCCAGUUUUGGAGUUCCGCAGUAAAAGUCGGUACCCCAGCAGAAUUAAUGAUCCCUCCCCAUAUGGAGGACGUAAUUGAUAAUAUGUUCGACUCUGCGAACGUCGAUAGUGAGCUGGUGGUGUCCGACGUACAAGCAUUAAUAGAUAACGAAAACCCGAUUUCUGAAGAAGACGAUGGAUUCUUUGAAUGGCGCAGGUAUCACACCCUGGAUGAGAUAAACACCUGGUUAUUGGAACUCGCAAGCAACAAUUCCGAAAUUUUAACAGUGCUGAGACCUGGAAAAACUCACGAGGGAAGGGAUAUCAUUGGGCUUAAACUGGAUUUUGACAGCAGCGUUCCGAAAGAUGCCGUUUUCAUGGAGUCCAAUAUUCAUGCUAGAGAAUGGAUUACAUCAGCUGUGAACACAUAUAUUCUGAACGAGUUCGUCAAUAACUUCGAAAACGAAACCAUCAGGGCGCUUUCUCAUAAAUAUGUUUGGUACUUUUUCCCCGUUAUGAACCCAGAUGGAUUCGAGUAUUCACACACAAAUGAUAGGAUGUGGCGAAAGACACGCACGCGUCAAAACAUUUUCUGCUGGGGCGUCGACCCGAAUAGAAACUGGGACUACCUUUGGAUGACCGGCGGUGCUUCACAAAACCCAUGUUCACAAACGUACGCUGGCAGCAGACCAUUUUCCGAGCCCAGUGUCGAAGUCAUGAGCAAAUUUAUAGAAUCCAUAGCGGACACUCUGGUGGCUUACCUCGAUUUUCAUUCGUUCUCUCAAAUGCUUCUACUUCCGUAUGGUCACACGACGGAGCCUUUGGACAACUACCAGAAAAUGAAAGAAAUCGGCGAAAAGGCCAUGGAAGCUCUGAGCGCCCGGUACGGUACUGAAUAUGUUGUCGGAAAUAUUGCCGAAACCAUCUACGUUGCUACCGGCAGCAGUAUGGAUUGGGUUAAAGGCACUUUUAAUACUACAAUUGCUUACACCUACGAGCUUAGGGACAAAGGUAGUGCCGGUUUUAUUUUGCCCGCCGAUCAGAUAAUACCGUCAGGGGAAGAAACCUUGGAUUCCAUUAUUACAAUCUUCGAAGAAUACGAAAAAAGGAAAACAACUCCAUCGAACUUAACUUCACUGGCAUUCGAGCACUACGAAAGAGAAAUGAAGCUAGUUUUCGCAGUCCUCGCGGCAGUGGCUUUAAGCCAGGCCGCAGCAGAACUGAUGAGGUUCGACAACCACACGGUCUACAGGCUCAUUCCCAGGAAUGAGAAAGCCGUAGAGGCACUCAAAAAAAUAGAGGAGUCCCCGGCCUCCAGUUAUAACUUCUGGACGAUGCUUCACGGUGUUAACACCACUGUAGAUUUGAUGGUCGAUCCUAGGAAAAUGGAUGAGUUUCAGGAAUUGCUUGACCUAGGCAUCGACCAUGAGAUCGUGGUACCCGAUGCGCAGAAACUUUUCGAUAACGAAGGUUUCAGACCGUCUACUAUGGCCGGUCAGUUCACUUGGACCCAGUACCACACUCUUGAUGAAAUUUAUGACUGGCUAAGGAACAUUGCGCUCAACUACGACGACAAAGUCACUCUCGUUCACGGCGGCACCACUUUCCAAGGGCGUCCCAUUCUUGGCGUUAAACUGUCAUACCCUUCCAACAUCCGUAAAAAGGCAGUGAUAAUUGAAGCUAAUAUCCAUGCGAGAGAAUGGAUCACCUCGGCCACUGCUACAUUUAUUUUGAACCAGUUUAUUGUGAGCGACGACCCUAGAGUAAGGGCAGUGGCGGAGGCCUACGACUGGUACUUUUUCCCUGUCACGAAUCCCGACGGUUUAGUUCACACUCACACCAGCAACCGCAUGUGGCGUAAGACUCGCACCCCGUACAGUUUCCUAUGCGUUGGUGCCGAUCCCAACCGCAACUGGCCAUACCAGUGGAUGCAGAAUGGCGGAGCGUCUAGUCAGCCAUGCAGCGAUCUCUAUGCCGGACCAAAUCCCCUUUCGGAAUCCUCUACGAAUAGCUUCUCCGAUUUUAUCACCAGCGUUUCGAACGAUUUAGAAGCUUACAUCAGUUUGCACUCUUUCAGUCAGAUGCUUUUGAUUCCGUACGGGCACACCACCCAGCCUUUGGACAACUACUGGGAGUUGAGAGAAAUCGGUCUUCGCGCCGUAAGUGACUUGGCUGCAAGGUAUGGAACCAGAUACGUUGUCGGAAACGUUGCUGAAACAAUAUACAUUGCAACCGGCAGCAGCGUAGAUUGGGUCAAACAUACCUUCGGAGUUCCGUUGACUUAUACGUAUGAGCUGCGCGACGAAGGCCAAUUUGGAUUCGCAUUGCCUGCGUCGCAGAUCAUCCCCACCGGCUUGGAAACGUUGGAUUCGUUCGUUUCCAUAUUUAAUCAGUGGCGUGCUAGACAUCCGGUAUAAAAGAUAUUGCCAAAAAUUGGUAUUAUAUUUAAUAAUAAAGUUGACAAACAU